AUGCAGGUGUCUCUCCUCCUGCUGCUGCUGCUCGCAGCCUGCGCCGCUACCCACGACGUGUUGGACCCACUCUCGACGUCCGAUCCGUCUUCUGCAGCCGCUACUGAGCGUCGGGAGCGCUGCGCGACACUCGGAUUCGACGUGGAAGCGCUGGACUGCCGCCUCUGCAGCGACUUGUCGACGUUUUUGACCACCUCGACGUCGGCCACGCGCGCGUCGAAAACACGCGUUGUUGACACGGUGUGUCAAGAAUGUCAAGAAUGCUGCUCGGACUUAACGACUGUGCUCGAGGCGCAAGGCCGACGCUAUCGGAACGUGGUGCUGGCGUGGAGUCCGGGACGAUGGAGACGGUACCCAAAGGUCGCGCACUUUGUCGAGCACGAAGCGGCAGCGAUCAAGCGGCUGGAAGUGCGGGAGGUGGAGACGCGACUGCCGGUGCUGCAGUUUUUUGACGACGUCAGUACAGAGCAGUCGCUCGAAGAGAUCAGCAUCGCGCAUUGGGACGAGAAGUCGAUUGCCGAGUUUAUUGACAACAAGUUGCUGCCAGAGGAGAAGGAAGAGGAGGCGCAGGAGAAGGAGGUUGUGGUGGAGAGGGAAGUGGAUGCCGAGCACGUGUGA